CUACUACUGACCUUCGACCCACCAUUGGUUGAACGUGUUGUCUCUCUUCUACAUGCUGUUAUGGAUCAAAAUCCUUUUCUACCACGACUUUACUUAACUGGAAUAUUUUAUUUCAUAUUAUUAUACACUGGUAGUAAUGUUUUGCCAAUUGCAAAGUUUUUAAAAGAUGUUCACUUAUUACAAGCAUUACGCUUAGAUGAA